AUGCAUUGCACACUACCGCUUACUCCGAAAACCAUUGAGCAAGGCAAAUACAAAGUGUGCUUGGAGUAUCAUUUGAAGAAUUGCAUGGGGCCUUGUCAGGGUUUGCAAACCCUUGAAGAAUACGAUGAAUCGAUUGAACAAAUUCGUUCGAUUUUGAAACGCAAUUUCGGUAGUGUGGUAUUCUACUUGAAAAAGAAAAUGAAUGAAUAUGCCGCCAACAUGGAAUUUGAAAAGGCGCAGGAAUUCAAAGAGAAAAUCAAUGCGCUCGAUACGUUCCAAAGUAGGUCUACCAUUGUAAAUCCAAACUUAUCGAAUUUGGAUGUGUAUGGCUUUGCGGAAACGGAUAGCUUGGCGUUUAUCAGUUAUUUCAGAAUUGCGAGUGGAUCGAUUGUGCAGGCCAAAUCCUUUGAAAUUAAAAAGGUGUUGGAUGAGUCGAAAGAAGAAAUUAUUCUGACGACCAUUAUUCAAACUAGUGAGCUAGAAGAGAAUAAAAAUAUUGAGCUCAUUCUUCCUUUCCCGAUUGAAUUGCCUUUUACGCAAGUGAAAGUAACAGUGCCAUUGAUGGGCGAUAAAAAGAAGUUGAUCGAUUUAUCUACAAAAAACGCCUUGUAUGCGAAGCAAGAACGCGUGAAUCAGAAUUUAACUUCGGAAGAAAAGAAUCCAUCGUUCCGCAUUAUGCGGACGCUGAAGCAAGAUUUGAAAUUACAAGACAUUCCGCGCCAUAUCGAAUGUUUUGAUAACUCUAACUUUCAAGGAACAAAUGCCGUUUCAUCGAUUGUUGUGUUCCGCGAUGCGAAGCCUUCGAAAAAAGAUUAUCGCUUUUUUAAUGUGAAAACAGUGGUGGGGCCCGAUGAUUUUGCGACUAUGGAAGAGGCGGUAUACAGACGUUACAAGCGCAUGACGGAAGAAGGCAAUCCGUUGCCGAAUCUGAUUAUUAUUGAUGGUGGCAAAGGACAGUUAUCGAGUGCUGUAAACAGUUUGAAGAAGCUCGAUAUUUACGGCAAAGUUCCUAUAAUUGGCAUUGCUAAACGCUUAGAGGAAAUUUAUUUCCCGGAAGAUGAGUUGCCUUUGUACAUCAAUAAAAAAUCUGAGAGUUUAAAACUGAUUCAAAAACUACGCGAUGAAGCGCACCGCUUUGGCAUUACUGCACAUAGAAAUAAACGCAGUAAAAAUUUUACCACUUCUGAAUUAGAGAGCAUUAAAGGUGUAGGACCAAAAACCAUUGAAAUGUUGUUGACCCAUUUUAAAUCCAUCAAGAAACUGCGCGAGGCCAAAGAAGAAGAGAUUGUGGCUAUUGUGGGUGUUGCCAAAACAAAAAUUGUAUUAGCGCAUUUGCAACAAAGCGAGCAAUAA